AUGACUUUCUUUGAACCUCCUCAGAUUGUAACUGCUAGCAAGAAACAUGAUGUUUGCGAGGGUUCUAUGGUUACUUUGAGUUGCAACGCAACUGGUAAACCACCACCCAAUAUUACUUGGACAAGAGUAUGGGAAAAUGGUGCUGACAGUAAAGAAUCACUGUCCGUGGAUGGUUAUCUUGUCAUACACAACAUCACAAGAACCUCCAGUGGGACAUACCGCUGUACAGCUUUCAAUGGAGUUGGGGAUCCUGUUAAUCAGACAAUGGAGGUGAUUGUAGGAACUCAAACCGAUGAAAGCGAUAUCGAAUCAAAAGGAAGUAGGGAUGCGAGCUCUUUUGGGGAAGAUGUUGAAAUUUCGAGCUUCGAAAAUGAGAGCGAGGAUAGCGCGAGUGCGAGCGCGAGCUCAGGUGAAAGCUUUGCCUCUGUUGACGAAGACGACGAAAGCGACGAAGAGUAA